UAUUGUCAAUUUUUAAUGAUGUGUGAUGCAUAAAUAUUCAUAAGGAUAAAAGUAUAAAUAAUUAUUGACUGCAAGACAAACGAAUUAAUCUUUCUAUCAUGUCAGGAUUUCAAAAUACAAACGAUUAUGCAUGGCAGCCGCCAGACGUUAAUCAAAGCUAUUCAUUCAAUACUUCAAAUACUUUUGGAGAUGGGGCUCAAACUUUAGAUUUCCAGACUUUUUCUCCAGAACAACAAAACUUUUCAUACGACCAAGGGCAGAGUCCUCCAGCCAAUAACAAUCAAUAUUAUAACCCAAGUUUAUAUACGCCAGCUCCAAUACCAGGAGAAACAGCACCAGUCACAACAGAGUUUGAUGAACCACCACUUCUAGAUGAAUUAGAAAUAUACCCUGAUAGAAUAUUGGAGAAAACUUUAGCUGUCCUUAAUCCAUUCCAUGGGCAGUCAAAAGCUGAUGAUGCAAACUUUUUACUUAGAGAUACAGAUAUUGCAGGACCAAUAGCUUUUUGUCUGGCUCUAGCUGUGUGUCUGUUUUUGUCAGGCAAUAAAGCACAUUUUGGUUACGUGUAUGGCCUAUCUGUAAUGUCUGUAAUAUUAAUGUAUUUUCUUUUGUCUCUAAUGAGUCGUACUGAAGGUGUAUUUACAUUACUAAGUGUAGCGAGUGUAUUAGGGUAUUGUAUGUUACCAAUGGUAGCAUUAGCAGGUCUGGGGAUAUUUAUUUCUUUGGAGGGAACGGCUGGCUUGUCAUUAUCAGGUGUAGCAGUGAUAUGGUCAGCUUUAUCAGCAAGCAGACUCUUUGUGACUAUGUCAGGAGAUGCAGAACAAAGACCACUUAUAGCUUAUCCAUGUGCCUUGGUUAAUGGAGUGUUCGCUUUGUUAGUCUUGUUCUAAGUUUGGUCAUAAAAAUUGUUUUUAUAUUCAACAAUGUUGACUUGGAUCUUUUGUCAAAUAACUCUUUUCUUUAAAUUUUUCUAUAUACAAUUGCAAAUUAUAUUAUUUUUUAGUUAA